AUGGCAGAGAGCACGACCAAGACCGGUCAGCCGCUGGACCGUGCGGUUCUCGAGUCUGUCCUGCGCCGCCGACUCUUCUACACGCCCUCUUUCGAAAUCUACGGCGGAGAACGCGGGCUUUUUGACUAUGGUCCCCCAGGAUGCGCGCUGCAAGCCAAUGUGGUCGAUCUGUGGCGGAAACAUUUUGUCCUGGAAGAAGACAUGCUCGAGGUCGACUGUACCAUGCUGACCCCAGAGGCUAUUCUCAAGACCAGUGGGCACGUGGACAAGUUCGCAGACUGGAUGUGCAAGGAUCCCAAGAGUGGGGAAAUCUUCCGAGCAGACCAUCUGGUGGAGCAGGUCCUCGAGGCAAGGCUGAAAGCCGAUAAAGAUGCACGCGGUCAGACGGUCGAGGUGGACGAGGCUAAGGAGGCCAAAAAGAAGAAGAAGAUCAAGGACACCAAGAUUGAGAAGCUCGACGAUGCCCUCGUGCAGGAGUAUGAGGAGACCCUGGCCAAAAUUGACAACUAUGGAGGCGACGAGCUGGCCGAGUUGAUCAAGAAGUACAACAUUAAGGGCCCUACCACUGGAGCCGAGCUGGAGCCGCCGAGAGCUUUCAAUCUGAUGUUCCAGACCCAGAUCGGGCCCAGCGCCGACAAACCUAAUGGAUAUCUUCGUCCGGAAACCGCUCAGGGACAGUUCCUGAACUUCCAGAAGCUCCUCGAAUUCAACCAGCAGUCCAUGCCCUUCGCCUCUGCCUCAAUUGGAAAGUCCUUCCGCAACGAAAUCUCCCCACGCUCCGGGCUCCUCCGAGUCCGCGAGUUCUUGAUGGCCGAAAUCGAGCAUUUUGUCGAUCCCGAAGGUGGGAAGAAGCACCCUCGCUUCGAGGACGUCAAAGACACCAAGUUAUCUCUCCUGAACAGAAAGACUCAACUUGCUGGAAGCACCAAACCCGACACGUUGACGAUUGGGGACGCCGUGUCCUCGGGACUGGUGGACAAUGAGACUCUCGGCUACUUCCUCGUCAGGAUACAGGACUUUUUGCUCAAGCUUGGAGUUGACCAGACUAAAUUGCGUUUCAGACAGCACAUGGCCAAUGAAAUGGCCCAUUAUGCCGCGGACUGUUGGGACGCCGAACUCUUUACCACGUACGGCUGGAUUGAGUGCGUCGGGUGCGCCGACCGAAGUGCAUAUGAUCUGACUGUCCACAAGGAGAAGACUGGCGCACCGCUCGUGGUGCGCGAAACCCGAGCACAACCACUGAUCAUUGAAGAGUUUGAAGUCGACUUGGAACGCAAGAAGCUUGGACCUAAAUUCCGCAAGGACGCAAAAGCGGUCGAAGCCGCCGUGGAUGCGCUUUCGCAGGACCUGCGCGAAAAACUUGCGUUGGAGUUGGAAAAAUCCGGAAAAAUUGAGAUCGAGACGCCAGGUGUCGGCAGUGGACGAACAGAGCUCGAAAAAGACGUGAUCAAGAUCGAGAAGAGGAAACGCACCGAAUACAUCCGUGAAUACACGCCCAACGUCAUCGAGCCGUCCUUUGGUAUUGGACGGAUCCUGUACAGCCUCAUGGAACAUGUCUUCUGGAUUCGCGAAGGGGACGCUGCUCGUGGAGUGUUGUCCUUCCCCCCGGCGGUGGCACCCACCAAAGUCCUUCUUGUCCCGCUCUCCGGCCACGGAGAUUUCAAGCCUUUCAUCAAGAAACUGACCACCCGUCUCCGCCGAGUCGGGGUCUCCAACAAAGUCGACGACUCCUCUGCGAGCAUUGGCAAGAGGUAUGCUCGUAACGAUGAAUUGGGAACCCCGUUUGGCAUCACGAUUGAUUUCCAGACGGUCAAGGAUGGGUCGUUGACGCUGAGAGAGCGAGACUCUACGAAGCAAGUCCGGGCCAGCGAGGAUGAUAUCAUCACGGCGGUCAAGGCUCUGGUUGACGGGGAGGAGACGUGGGAAGACGUGGUCAAGAGGAUGCCUGCCUUUGAAGGGCAAGAUCUGGAGUGA